ACGAAUGCCACUUUGGACUCCUCCCUCUCGAACGUACUGGGCUGUAAAGUGAAGUGGAGAGAACACUUGUUGAGGAAUGCUCUACAAAAGUCAGGCUCACCCGAAUAAGUCUGUGGCACGGGGAGGCGGGGCUCCGAGACGUCCCAUGGUUCUGAAGGCGGUGGGGAAACGGUCGGCGGGGCAGGCACAGUGGGAGCGCGAAGUUGUUGCAUCUGUUGGUAGAGCUUGGACACCUGUGUUACCAGCGCCUGGACGGCGCAUCCGGUGGAAGAGAUGCUCUCCUGCUGCUGAUCCAUACGAGUUAUGCUGUGGCUGAUGAACUCGGUGAAAGCCACUGAAUUCGCUGCAUCCAUGAUGAUGGUCAGAUCGUUCUGUCACGGAGAAGACUGGAUGCAAGUGCAAGUUAAUAUCUCUUUAAUGGGCGUAUACCACAACGGAGUCAGAUUUACAGGAGAAGACAAGACAAACUAGCAGCAGGAGAGAUGGCAACACAGGGACCUUGAUGGGUGUAAGUGCUUGUGGUGAGAGGAGUCCGUGAAGUGCCCGUGGCUGAAGUGAUGAACGAUGUGAUCCAGAACGAAUAUCCAAGGAACAAACAGGCAACAGGAAACUGCGACAAGAGAUCCAGAGCAGGAACAACUACACAGGGGACAACACAACACCAGGACUCCAAACAACGAUCUGACAAACAUGAGACGAAAGACAAGGCGUUAAUAUAGGCCAGAUGGAAUAAGCCGCAGCUGCCGCUGAUCAGUAAUCAGCGGCGACGCCCACACAGAACAAUCAGGUGAUACACCCCACAACCUACACACAGACAACCAGGUGAAACUAUGUAUCAAUGAACAGUGACAGAACUCUACAAAGGGGAGGUUGGCUUUCAGCAGCAGUCAUCAUUGUUUGCUUCUUUUCAAAAGAUCUUGGCACAAGAGGGCUGCAGUAAACUUCAGGAAUAUUACAGUGCAGUGUCCUCUGUGCACCAACAGCUCUGUGCAGCCCCUGAUGCAUCUCACUACAUGUAUCUGAAGAGUAACGUGAGCUCCUUGAGGCUGAGGCUGCACUCAGAAAUCCCCACAACAUUAAAAGCUUCUUAUCUGUACCAGUGUCUGCAGUGAUCAAUUUAGGAGACAGUUUGGAAAGCUUGGAAAAGAUACACAAAGUGAUAAUGACUUUUGUGGAAACACCUUCGGAUCAGUUGCCAGGGACAUUUGAUGUGGGCAAAGCAGAGCAUCUGUCCAUCACAUUCAGAUAUCUUCAAGAAAAAGCUAUUUUUGUGAAGUCAUGCAAAGAAAUUAUUAGCAAAGUAUCAUGGUUUGGAAUCGAGCACCUUCUUUAUGAUGCCUCUAAGGUUCUUGUAUGGCAAGACAUGAGUCAUGGUGCACCAAGUGAGGUCCUCAAGACAUAUAAUAAUUCAAACCCGCAGAUUAUUGUUGGGGUGACAGAGUCAGGUGUUACUCUUGUAAACAAAGUGGAACAGCCCCCUCCAUCCAUGGAUGGAGCAGAGACCCCAACAAAACAAACAAGUAAAGCUGUUCAGAAACAAAAAGGUUUGCAGUUAUGGACAUCCUCACAACCCAGUGUUGCAAAGAGUGUAAAGGCUGACAAUGGUGUGGCUUAUAAAAUGGCUAAAAGGAGAGUGGAUCCAGGGCAUUGGGGAAUGGUUGAGAGCACUGCUGCAGACUGGAAUGCCUCUCACUUAGUCCCACCUUCACCUUCGACAUCUCAUGCACACUCUGAAAUAAAUUAUUUUAAUCUGUCUAAUAGACAAGCAACUUUAUCACAUUCUGAUGAGAGGAGAUAUAUAGCAGACAUACAAAGACCUCAACAGCCUUCAGUCUCGGCUCCCCAAGCAACUUUACGAGGAGAUUCUUGUGUUACACAUCUAACAUGUGACAGUGUUAAAUACCAACAAACUAACACUGCACCACAUUCUCCUGUGCUGUCACAAGAUCAAGUAAACCAGUUCAGGUUAGCCAUGACACAACCUAAUAGUUUACCAAAUUGCCAUUUGAAUGAAAAUUUGAUGCCGCGGCCUUUCUCGGUUCAGGCUUUGACGCAUGUCCCUAUGCCCAGCACAAUUACAGCAAUUCAUUACCCCUACUUCCUUCUAAAUGGACAAACAUACACCACUGGCUCCACUGCAGCCAUUUACCCUGAUACUAGAUAUUAUCCUAACACCAUUUAGUUCUAAUAUACUAUGAGCAACAAUUGUAAGUCAGUCAUAUUCAUAGGUAAAUUAUAUCAAAGAACAUGUUUGAGGCCAACGUCAGUCCUAGAGAGCCACAAUCCUGUGGAGUUUUGCUCCAACUUUGAUAAAACCUUACCUAACUGUUGGUUUGUAGUAAACCUUAGAGCUUGUUUUAUUAGGGUUGGGGCUGAACCAAAGCCACUAGAAGGUAAGCCUGCAACCUU